UGUCAACCGGGACGCGAUCCAGGCAUUCGGGCGCAAAGCUCGUCGUGCUCUCGAGAACGCAGCAUCCACGGACGCCGAGCGUGUGCAAUACAGCGGCUUCAACGCGUCCGAGGGGUGGGUAAAGAAGUUUGUCAAGCGCAACAAACUGUACUCCCGUGCACUUCACGGCGAAGCAGGCAGCGUCGACGACGAAUCCAUCGCCGAUCGCCUCAGAGUAAUCCGCGAGACGUGCGCUCAGUAUGCCCCAGAAUGCGUCUACAACGCCGACGAAACCGGGCUGUGUGAUCAUGCCCAAGGCUACGUACCUCGCACCAUCAGAGCUCAAGAAGCCCGUGCGAGGCGUGAAAGGUAUGAGAGCGAAUGAUCGAGUCACCGCCUACAUGGCUACGAGCGCCAGCGGGCGUAAGGUGCCGCUGUCUUGUAUCGGCACAGCCAAGGAGCCCCGGUGCUUCAAGAUCCGGGGCUCACCCAUCAAGUACUUCAGCCAGAAGAACGCGCGGUCGGACGCGCGAGUGUUCAAGCUGUGGUGGUCACAAGUGUUCCUGCCAUACGUGCGCUCCGUCACCAGCGAGAAGGUUCUUCUCAUCAUGGACAACCACAGCAGCCACGCCGACCUCGUAGACCCCAAGGAGCAGGGCGAAGCUGCUGGGAUUCGCGUCGACACGAUGACGUCGGCGGCGCAGCUACGGGAGCAGGCGAAGGAGCGCAAGGUGAUUCGGGGCUGCAUGGGGCUCGCGGAAGGAGCGCAGCCUCACAUCCUGGACGCAGCUGAGCUAGGCUUCGAGGCGUGGAAGAAAGUUUUGCCGGAGACAAUCAAGAGGUGCUGGAGGAAAUGUGAAAUCCUUCCUCCUGCGGUGCACGCGGACCUCGACCAGGACGUGGGAAAGAAUAUCCGCAACAAGAAGGAGAGUCUCGAAGAGUUGACGGACUUGGUGCAGCGUCUUUCUCCUGAGGCGGGGAAGACAACUGUCGAUGAAGACCUUGGCGAGGCGCUUAAGGGUCUGGGGUUGGCACCUGGCGCAACGCCAACCUGGGCUUCCAUGGAAGCCGUGCAGACAUGGUUGCGUGUAGAGGAAGAAGACGGUGUAGCGGAGGCGAUUAUUGCAGAUCUGAAGGACGAUCUUUGUGAGGAGUCGCUUGCCCACCUGAACACGGACCAGCUGAACAUAGACUCGGACGACGACGAGGCCGACUCUUCGGCGGGAGACGAGGGACAGUGUACGCAGCCUCUGGUCUCUCCUCGUCCGCCACCGUACGCUNCAUGGUUGCGUGUAGAGGAAGAAGACGGUGUAGCGGAGGCGAUUAUUGCAGAUCUGAAGGACGAUCUUUGUGAGGAGUCGCUUGCCCACCUGAACACGGACCAGCUGAACAUAGACUCGGACGACGACGAGGCCGACUCUUCGGCGGGAGACGAGGGACAGUGUACGCAGCCUCUGGUCUCUCCUCGUCCGCCACCGUACGCUGACGUAUCUAGGCAGUUCGGAGACCUCGAAGAAAUAAUAGCAGAGAGGUGCAGCAUGGCCGGGGUAGCUUACCAUCUUCGCAAGGCGAAGUUAGCCUGGAUGAGCGAGGCUGGGUCAAAGAAAACGAAGCAAACAUGCAUGGCAGACUUCAUGUAA